CUCUCGCCAUGGCCAAGUGGCUGAACAAGUACUUCAGCUUGGGCAACAGCAAGACCAAGAGCCCCCCGCAGCCCCCGCGCCCCGACUACCGCGAGCAGCGGCGCCGGGGCGAGCGGCCCUCGCAGCCCUCCCAGGCCGUGCCCGCGGCGCCCGCCGCCGCCGCCGCCGCCUCCUCCUCGGCGUCCUGCGGCCCCGCCGGGGCCUCCUGCUUCUCGGCGUCCUCGGGCUCGCUGCCCGACGACAGCGGCAGCACGAGCGACCUCAUCCGCGCCUACCGCGCGCAGAAGGAGCGCGACUUCGAGGACCCCUACAACGGGCCCGGCUCGUCGCUGCGCAAGCUGCGCGCCAUGUGCCGCCUGGACUACUGCGGCGGCGGCGGCGCCGAGCCCGGCGGGGGCCAGCGCGCCUUCUCGGCCUCGUCGGCGUCGGGCGCCGCGGGCUGCUGCUGCGCCGCGUCGGGCGCGGGCGCCGCCGCCUCGUCCUCGGCCUCGGGCUCCCCGCACCUCUACCGCAGCAGCAGCGAGCGCCGGCCCGCCACGCCGGCCGAGGUGCGCUACAUCUCGCCCAAGCACCGGCUCAUCAAGGUGGAGAGCGCGGCGGGCGGCGCGGGGGACCCGCCGGGGGCCGCCUGCGCGGGCGGCGGCCGCACCUGGAGCCCCACGACCUGCGGGGCCAAGAAGCUGCUCAACAAGUGCGCGCCCGCCGCCGCCGAGGACAGCGGCGCCGGCAAGAAGAGCGACAAGGUGACCAUCGCAGAUGACUACUCGGACCCCUUCGAUGCCAAGAAUGACCUCAAAAGCAAAGCGGGCAAGGGGGAGAGUGCGGGCUACAUGGAGCCGUACGAGGCGCAGAGGAUCAUGACAGAGUUCCAGCGGCAGGAGAGCGUGCGGUCCCAGCACAGGGGCAUCCAGCUCUACGACACGCCCUAUGAGCCAGGGCCCCCCAGCGUCGACUCGGACUCCGAGAGCGCCGUCAGCCCCCGGCUGCGGGAGAGCAAGCUGCCCCAGGACGACGACAGGCCCGCCGACGAGUACGACCAGCCCUGGGAGUGGAACCGUGUCACCAUCCCUGCCCUGGCCGCCCAGUUUAACGGCAACGAGAAACGUCAGUCCCCCUCGCCUUCCCGGGAUCGGCGGCGCCAGCUUCGAGCUCCUGGAGGGGGCUUCAAGCCCAUCAAGCACGGGAGCCCCGAGUUCUGCGGGAUCCUGGGAGAGAGAGUGGACCCUGCUGUCCCGCUGGAGAAGCAAAUAUGGUAUCACGGCUCCAUCAGCCGAGGGGAUGCCGAGAACCUGCUGCGGCUGUGCAAGGAGUGCAGCUACCUGGUGCGGGACAGUCAGACCAGCAGGCACGACUACUCCCUCUCCCUGAAGAGCAACCAGGGCUUCAUGCACAUGAAACUGGCCAAAACCAAAGAGAAAUACGUUCUGGGUCAGAACAGCCCCCCGUUCGACAGCGUGCCGGAAGUCAUCCACUACUACACCACCAGGAAGCUCCCCAUCAAAGGAGCCGAGCACUUGUCCCUCCUCUACCCGGUGGCCGUGCGGACCCUGUGAGCCCACCGGCCCCGUCCACUUCGUGUCGUGCGCACGGUAGCAGCACGCCACCGCAUGUCUCUAGAAUGCUGUCGCCACUUCCGGGAGGGGGGCCAAGGGGCGGACGUGGGGCAAAGGAGCUGGAGUCGGUCUGGAUCGGACACCGGAGACCCCAGGGACCAGCUACUCACCACCCACCCGCUCCCACCCCUUCCUUGAGUUCCUGUGAAUUAAAAUAUUUGCAAAUCCAAAGAGAUGCCUUGCCACCUGAACAAAGGCUGCAGCUCCUGGGGCCGGGCGCCGGCCGGCGGGGCAGGGCUGGGCCCAGCAGAUGCCCUGGUGGAGUCUCCUUGCUCUCCGGCCUUGGGGAAUCCACACCUAUGUGUGUUUUUCCCACCAGCCCCACCCCCACCCCGCCCCCCUGGAGCUGGGAGCUUGAAGGGGUGCCUGAGGAGCCCCUGUGAGGUGCGAGAGACAUGCCCUCCCCACCCCAUUGCCACGAGCCAGCCCACGGAUCCACUUUGACUCACUCAAGCGUAAUCAUUAGACCAUCAAGGAAUCAUUGUGCCGUCCAAACAAGGAUUCAAUUAUUUAUGAAUAGGGUGUGUAAAUAAAAUAGUCAUUUAAUAUAUAUAUCUAUA